GAUAUGGCUUCGAUUGCACCACUUACUUCCAAGACACGGCAGAGCGACUGGCGUCAGAAGGGUAUGGCGUGUAUGGGAUCGACUUCGAAGGGCAUGGCAGAUCUGACGGGCUCAGCGUGUUCAUUCCUGACUUCAACACCCUAGUCAACGACAGCAUUGCAUACUUUGCUCCGAUACGGGAGCGACCGGAGCACAAGAGCAUACCCAAGUUCUUGUGUGGGGAAUCAAUGGGCGGGGCAGUGGCGAUUUGCAUCCACCGCAAGCAGCCCGACCAAUGGGACGGCGCCAUUUUCAUGGCUCCCAUGUGCAAGAUCUCAGCCAAGGUACAGCCACCAGCGAUCCUGGUGCGGCUAUUGAAGGGCCUGGCAUAUGUGAUACCCACGUGGCAGAUAGUGCCCUCAGCUGACAUCGUCACCUCCGCCAUUCGCUGCCCAGAGAAGCUGAAGAAGAUAGCAGCCAGCCCAUACACCUACCGCGCUCGCCCGCGCAUGCGAACAGCCCUCACCAUGCUGCACGCCAGCCAAGACGCAGAGGCCUCCCUCCCGUCCAUCUCCCUGCCCUUCCUGCUGCUCCACGGGGACGCCGACACUGUCACUGAGCUGGACGGUAGCCAGGCGUUUUAUGAAAAGGCAAGGAGUGAGGACAAGACGUUGAAGGUGUAUGAGGGUGCAUGGCACCUGCUGACUGAAGGGGAGCCUGAGGAGACUGUGGAGAAGGUGCUGCGGGAUAUGAUUGGCUGGCUGGACGAGAGAAGUCAACGAAGGUCAAGCGAGUAA